CAGACGGAAUGACGUCUUUACCCACCUCAUCAACUUGGUACUAUUUCGUCUGUAGGUAUUGUGUUUAUAUUGUAGUUGCCUAGGCAAUCAUUCUGACAAACAAAAUGUGUCGUAUGUUAUCAAAAAGUGUUUGUGGACCUCAGUCAGGUGGUCAGAUUGUGAUUAUCAGAUUAUUCUGCACAGGAUAGACAACAAAUAUGCACCUUCAGAAGCUGAAAAUUUUGAUGAUUGGACCCUCGGAAAGUGGAAAAUCAACAAUUGCAAACUUUAUAUCGGAAUCAGUAAAUAUUGAAGAAUGUGAAACACGACCGACGCAGGGUGUAAGAAUUGUGGAAUUCGAAGUACCUAAUCUAAAUAUAAAUGGCAAGCAAAUUAAAGUCGACAUCGAACUGUGGGAUUGUAGCGGUGAUCACAAAUUUGAGUCCUGCUGGCCCGCCCUCCGCCUUGGAGUUAAAGGUGUAAUACUCGUCGGUUCAUCAAACACAGCAAAUAUAGCUUCAAGAGAACUAGAGCUUCUAUACAACUAUUUUGUUUCACAGCCUAAAUUAUCUAUGAAACAAUGUGUAGUAUUUUAUAACUGCUUCGAUGAUCAAGACGAUAUUGAUGUUUUAAGCCUAUCUCCUACAUUUUCAAGAGUAUCUCAAGUGGCAACAAAUGUGAAAACAAGAAGUGAUCGUCUAAAAAUUGAUUUCACCAAUUUUGUUCUAUCUGUUGUGCAGUCCGUUAAUAAAAUUGAAGAUUACUGA